AUGCGCAAUUUGAGGAACAUACACCUGCGCGAGACUCCGCUUGGGGGGGAGCUGCCUCUGACUGCAACGGCAUGGGAUCCUGCGACGGAUUCCAUCCUUUGCACAUUUGGGCCAACGGAAACAAGUGCUGUCAUUGAACUGAAACGAAAAGUGCAGGAUGCAAACGUGGAGGCGGAGGAUAUCCAGUUGAUCACCUCCUGGGAUGCACCAUGUCCGCUCCCAGAUUUGCAACAUGACAGAGUUUUAUCAUUGCAGUAUUUUGCAGAUACUUUAGUUACAUGCCUUGUGCUAGAAGGCGGUGAUAUCAUAGUUGUGCGUGAAGACCCCCAACCGGGCGAGGACAAAAUUGAAAUCGUGGGGUCAGUUGACGUGGGAAUUACAGCAGCGGUAUGGUCUCCGGAUGAAGAGCUACUUGCAGUCACCACCAGGUCCAACACGCUUCUCUAUAUGACAAGGGAUUUCGAAAAUGUGGCCAACAUUGCAUUCACAAGCGACGAUCUCAAGGCGUCGAGACAUGUUUCUGUUGGCUGGGGAAAAAAGGAGACGCAGUUUCAGGGCAAGAGAGCAAAAGCUCUGAGGGACCCCACGAUCCCAGAAAAAGUUGAUGAAGGGAAGCUUAGCGAUUUUGAUGACAAAAGGACUUCUAUCAGCUGGAGGGGUGACGGGGCUUUCAUUGCUGUGAAUAGUAUUCAAUCCGAUAAUCGCCGUGUGAUUAGGGUUUAUUCGCGCGAGGGCAUUUUGGACAGCGUAAGUGAGCCGGUGGACGGGGUAGAGGGUGCGUUAAGCUGGAGGCCAUCUGGAAAUUUAAUUUCUGGAAUACAGCGAUUGGAGGACAGAGUGGACGUUGUGUUUUUUGAAAGGAAUGGACUCCGACAUGGCGAAUUCACGUUACGCUUAACCAAAGAAGAUAUGACCAGCUGGGCAUCGAACAUUAGUUUGGCAUGGAAUGUCGACUCCACUGUGCUUGCUGUACAAUUUAAGGAUAGAACGCAGCUGUGGACGAUGGGAAAUUACCACUAUUAUUUAAAACAGGAGGUCCCUAUUUCUGUGGAAGCGGGAUCAGGAAGAGAGCUUCAAUGUUUCCGAUGGCACCAGGAAAAAGCAUUGCGUUUUGCUGCCGGGUCUUCUGAUACGAUGUUAGAUACUGAAUGGGUUUUUGAUGUAUCGAGAGGAUCUACGCUUACCCCGGGUGAUUUUGGGGCCGUUGCUGUUGUCGAUGGGAGGUCAUUAAAAAUAACGCCAUUAAAACUGUCCAAUGUCCCUCCUCCAAUGGCUGCCUAUGAUAUAUCUCUGGAGUCUAAUGCAAUAGAUGUCGCAUUCAGCAAAUCCAGUUCCCAAUUUGCAGUCCUAACCAUGACUGGGAUUUCCUUAUAUGCCUGGAACCUUAAAGCCGUCCCCGCUGCGGACCCUGAACUUAAAGUAAUUUAUCCUCUCCUGAAUGCAUCAUCGAGACCCAGACGAAUUGCAUUUUUGGAAGAGAAUGAGCUAUAUGUUCUGAAUCAGCGCGGAUACUUCCAACAAGAUAUAGAAAAGACGCUCGUCAACAUGCAGGAGACCACAAUUGUAUACCAGUCAAAGGAUGGGAACAUGCUGUCUUCUAUAUUUCCCAACACACUGCAGAAUUCUCUGUGGAUUUACCAGGAAGGGCGCACUAGAAAUCCAGGCUUAUAUUUUAAGCUCUCUUCAGAGGGGCCCAGCGGGCUUCUGGAGGAGAUUCUCCACGAGAGUCCGACCCAGAAAACAUGCUGGGUCAAUGCAAUUCAGCUCCCAGAUGGACAGGAUAUUCUCUUCUCCUUAUCGAAGUCUGGAGCUCUAUAUGCAGAUAAGCGACUCCUUGCAAAGAACUGUACCUCAUUCGUAAUCACCGGGGCCCAUCUUAUUUUCACCACAACCCAACACCUUCUGAAAUUCGUUCAUUUAUCUAAAGUAGAUGAACUUGAUAUUCCCGGAGACAUUCCUGAAAUCGAUGAAAGAUGUCGAAGCAUCGAGCGAGGAGCUCGUCUGGUUUCUGUCAUGCCCUCGAUAUUCGCCGUUACCUUACAGAUGCCUCGUGGUAAUACCGAGACCAUUUAUCCCCGAGCGCUUGUUCUUGCCGGAAUCCGCAACUAUAUCGAUAACAAAAAGUAUCACGCGGCAUACCUUGCAUGCAGAAAGCACAUGGUGGAUAUGAACAUUCUUCAUGAUUAUUCCCCCGCUCAGUUCAUGGCGAAUGUUUCCAUAUUCAUUGACCAGGUGAAGAAGGUUGAGUACAUUGAUGAAUUCCUCUCUCGAUUGCGGGUCGAGGAUGUUUCUGAAACGCUAUACAAAAACACCCUUAAGAUAGCAGUCUCUGAUAUUGGUGCCACUGAUGUCACAAACGAGGUAGCGCCUGGUGAUGCUGUAAAGACAGCUUCAAAAUCCAACAAGGACAACAAAGUAAAUCAAAUUUGCAAUGCAUUCUUAUCCGUGCUGAACAAUCGAAUCGAUGCCAAUCUUCAAAACCUUGUCACCGCCCAUUUGUGCAAAUCACCCCCUGACCUGGAUUCUGGGCUUCAACUUGUUGCGAAGCUCCGGGAACAAAACACGCAACAGGCGGAGGAAGCCGUCGAGCAUAUGUGCUUCCUCACUGAUGCAUAUAGACUUUACGACCAUGCCCUAGGCUUGUAUGAUCUAGAGCUAACAUUGAUGGUAGCCCAACAAGCCCAGAAGGAUCCUCGAGAGUAUCUUCCAUUCCUUCAGAAGCUGCAAGCGAUGCCAGAGCUUCGCCGUCAGUAUGAAAUCGACAAUCACCUUGGACGAGUCCGGAAGGCGCUCAAGAGCCUGUAUGCACUUCAUGCGUACGAUGAACUGAAACUCUACGCCAUCAAACAUACUCUAUACAGCGAUGCCUUGGAGCUAUACAAAUACCAGCCCGAAUUGCUUCGCGAUAUGUCGCAAUUAUAUGGAGACUAUCUGUAUGACCAAUCAAACUAUAAGGAAGCCGCUAUCAUCUACGAAUCCCUAUCCGUAUACGAACCUGCCUACCAAUCCUACAAUCUCGCCCAUCAGUGGCGCGAAUGCCUCUACUGCGCCAGCCUCGUUCCACUACCCGACACCCAAAUGACCUCCCUCGCCCAAUCCCUCGCCACAACCCUAACAGAUGAAACAAAAGACUACAUAUCUGCCGCCCGCAUCCAUUCCGAGCACCUCCACGACAUCCCAACCGCAGCCCGCCUCCUCUGCCGCGGCAACCAAUUCGGGGAAGCCUGUCGUCUCCUCGCCCUACACGGCAAACAAUCCCUCAUCAGCGACAUAGUCGACUCAGCCUUGGGGGACGCAAUGGGCAGCAUUAUCGACCUGCUUGCAGAUUGCAAGGCGCAGCUAAACGCCCAGGUUCCCAGGAUCGAAGAACUGCGUGUACGGCGCGCUACUGACCCACUGGGUUUCUACGGCGGGGAUCCAGCUGCUGGUAUGGCAGAAGGUGGGAUCGAUAUUCCAGAUAACAUAUCCCUGUCAGCGACAGAUGCCACUACAAUGGCGGGCAGGAGUAUGUUUACGCGGUAUACCGGUAACACCUCUUCGUCGCGCCAAAGUAGUAAGACAAGACGGCGUGAGGAGCGCAAGCGCGCCCGUGGGAAGAAGGGAACUGUUUAUGAAGAAGAGUACCUAGUUAAUAGUGUGCGUAGACUUGUUGAGAGGGUUAAUGGUGCGGUUGUGGAAGGGGAGACGAUUAUCCAGGCGUUGUUGAGGAGAGGGAUGAGGGAGCGGGCGGCGCUGGUGCAGCAUCACUUGGAUGAGGUUCUGGGAAUGUGUAGGGAUUGCUUGGAUGAUGUGUUUGAAGCGCCUAAGGAGGCUGUUGGUGCUGAUGGCGUUGAUGCGAGGGGUAUUCUUGGAAAUGGCGAUUUGGGAGGCGAGAGACCGCCUGGUGGGGAUGGAGUGUUCUGGGAUAGCUUGCAGGAGAUUGUUCGGGGCAAAGGGAGGGAACGCCCGGUUGUAAAAGAGUUUCAGAAAUUGGCUAUUCUUGGAGGAUAA